GAAGAAAGUGUGUUGCUUAGAAGGGUCUGCUCUGUUAGAGGCCCAGACUUUUGUAUUUCCUAUUGUAAAAGUAAAUAGAGUAAAAUAAAGAAUAUAUAUUUGUCUCUCUUAGAUCAGUCAUAAUUAUAAAUUUGUGAAUCAGUGUUAGUGAAAUAUUAUGUGGAGCGAGUGAGGUCGUGCGAGGUGACCCAGGCAGGAUGAGGCACAAGGAUCAGCGCGGAGAUCGUGGCCCCGCAGGAGCGCCGCCUUCGCCGACGUCAGUGAGCAAGGUGCGGAAGGCAUCCUACUACGUGUGGUUCCUGGGGGCUGAGGAAUGCCGUGGACUGCGGGGCUCGGAGUGCGUUCGGCCCGUUGUGCACUACCUGGUUGGGCGUGAGAGAGAGCACGAGCCAGACAAGGUGACGCUGCAGGUGUCUGGGAGGGGCAUCAAACUCCUCCAGGUAGGGACACAAGGGCGCCAUGGAGCCCCUACCAAGCACUUUAUCCCAGCCUCGGCAGUCACAUAUGUUCAGCAGGAGCAACGGCCGGAGGAUGAUAUUGUGUCUGCCAUUCUGCUUAUUUACAACCCGCUGACCCGCUGUCCCGUCCACGUCCACACCUACCGCUGCGAUUCCACGGAGACAGCCAGUCUUUUGCGGGAGCAUUUGCUGCAGCUGGUUGAGCGGCCCGAGCAGCAGGCCAAGUUGGCGGCCUUAGAGUCACGUCUGGCUGCCCGUGGGCUGCUUCCAACGUCCACGUCCAACCGAGCAUCUGAUGGCGCCUCAACAGGCUCCUCGACGUCAUCAGGGGCGGGCGGCAGUAGUUCGGGACGCUCCCCUGGGGGAGGCCCUGCUGGCCCAGGCCCCAACAUGGCCUCGCUAUAUGACUCCCUGGCAGCCGAGCUGAGGGAGAAGCUCGGCUCUCGGGGCGCCCCGCUCCUGCUGCCCCCUAGGGACUACGAUACUAUCAACAGGUCACGAGGGCGUCUCACCGACUCACGGCGCACAGGUCCAGCCGCGGCUCGCAAGUCGCACGAGGAUGAUUCAGCCAGGUCGUCAGGCAUCGGCAGCGACGAUGCUCCGUCCCCGACCCACGAGCGAGACCUGGACCCCAUCGAUAACCAGUCGUCCUCAGGCCUAUGUGUUAAUCACCCCAUACUUCUACCCUCAAGUUCGCCUUCGGCUCCUUCCUUCUCUGCCUCCGCACUGCUCAUUCCCGAGACACAGCCCCCGGAGCAGACCGCUUUCAUGGCCGCCGAAGCUUCGAACGGCACCUGCGGCCAUGGCGGGAAGGGCCUCGGGGAUGGCGAGAGGGAAGCUCCAAGUUAUUUUGGGGAGUGA